AUGAUUCGGCAUCUUGUGUUUGAUGAGCGCUGUCUUUCGGAUAAGAAUAGAGGCUACGGAGGUGCUGCAACGAUGUUGAGAGAUUUUGAGAAUGUUGUUGAUCGAGUUCUCUUGCUUCACUAUGGUUCCAUAGACACUUUCGAGCUUUCCAGUCGAGAUUUUCUUGCUGGGGCUAGUUGCAUAGAUAGAUGGUUUCUUUAUCUCUUAAGAAACUCUAGUUCUGUCAAAGAGGUCAUGCUGAAACAACGCGGGACUAUGUACAAGGUCUCUUCAUGUAUGUUUCUCCUUCAGGAUUUGACUCGCUUAGAGCUGUACAAUUGUCUGCUAAAACCCCCUGUGGAGUUCAGAGGCUUCCCGAGAUUGAAGAGCCUCGAAAUUCUUAAAGUCACUGUGGCGCAAGACGUGUUGGAAAAGAUUAUCAGUUGCUGUCCUCUACUUGAGAGAAUGACUCUACGUGGAUAUAGGAGUGCUACCCGUCUUAACAUUGAUGCACAAAAUCUCCAAUUCCUUGAAGUUGGAGGUGGUUUUCGGAGAUUUGAACUUAAGAAUACCCCAAAUCUUGUUGGUAUGAAAGUAAAUGGUUUUCGUGGUGUGAAGGCUGAAGUGGACUUCCUCAAAGCUCUGCUGCCAAGCUCCCCUCUUCAAGAACUAGACAUUUCUAUAAGUUGUCUUCUAUUGAAAUGCUACUUGUCCUUAUACAGAUUGAAUUAUAAUUAA